AUGGCAUUCAAGCCAUUUGAGUGGUAUUGUAAGCCGGUCAAAGAUGGAGUUUGGUCAAAAGCUGUGGAAAAUGCAUUCGGAGCUUACACUCCCUGUGCCACAGACUCUCUGGUUAUCGUGGUUUCACAUCUGGUUCUUCUGGGGUUGUGUUUAAAUCGGCUAUGGAAAUUGAAGAACGAUUUUUCCAUUCAGAGGUUCCGCCUAAGAUCAAAUUAUUACAACUAUGUGCUGGGGUUGUUGGCUUUAUAUAGCACAGGAGAACCUUUGUUCAGGUUGAUCAUGGGAUUUUCAGCAUUUAAUGUAGACGGUCAGCAGGGUCUUGCCCCUUAUGAGAUGGCUUCCCUUGUCAUUGAAGCUGUAACAUGGGGCUCGAUUCUUCUGAUGAUCGGAAUAGAGACAAAAGUUUAUGUUCGUGAAUCACGUUGGUCCGUCAGAUUUGGUGUUAUAUAUGCUCUUGUUGGGGAUGCCGUUAUGGUGAAUCUUGCUCUUACUGUCAGAGAAUUUAUCAACUGGUCCGUUUUCUAUUUGUAUAUCAGUGAAGUGGCUGUCCAGGUAUUAUUUGGCAUCCUCUUGCUUGUGUAUAUCCCUGAUUUGGAUCCUUAUCCGGGAUAUUCGCCCUUGCAAGCUGAAUUAGUGGACAAUACUGCCUAUGAAGAACUUCCGGGAGCUGAGCUAGUAUGUCCCGAGAGGCACGUGAACAUAUUCUCUAAAAUCACAUUCUCGUGGAUGAACCCAAUCAUGCAGCUGGGAUAUAGAAGGCCUCUCACAGAGAAGGAUGUCUGGAGACUCGACACUUGGGACAGAACAGAAACACUGAACGACUCGUUCCAGAGGUCUUGGGCUCGGGAGAUUCAGAAACCCAAACCUUGGCUAUUAAGAGCUUUAAAUAGUAGUCUUGGCGGAAGAUUUUGGUGGGGAGGCUUUUGGAAGAUAGGGAAUGAUGUCUCACAGUUCAUUGGUCCUCUUAUAUUGAACCGCCUUUUAGAAUCAAUGCAACGAGGAGAUCCAGCUUGGAUUGGUUACAUAUAUGCAUUCUCAAUAUUUCUUGGAGUGGUAUUUGGCGUGUUAUGCGAAGCUCAAUAUUUUCAAAACGUCAUGCGUGUUGGCUAUCGUUUGAGGUCAACUCUGGUUGCUGCAGUUUUCCGCAAAUCCUUAAAGCUGACUCACGAGAGCCGCAAAAGUUUUGCAUCUGGUAAAAUUACAAAUUUGAUGACCACUGAUGCUGAAGCUCUUCAGCAAAUAUGCCAAUCACUCCACACUUUGUGGUCAGCUCCUUUCCGUAUUGUUGUGGCCUUGGUUCUUCUUUACCAGCAGUUGGGUGUUGCUUCACUUCUUGGUGCACUGCUGCUUGUUCUUCUGUUCCCAAUACAAACAUUGAUAAUCAGCAAGAUGCAAAAACUGACAAAAGAAGGGUUGCAACGCACGGACAAGCGAAUCGGACUCAUGAAUGAAAUCUUGGCUGCGAUGGACACUGUCAAAUGUUAUGCUUGGGAGAAUAGUUUCCAGGCAAAAGUUCAAAGUGUUAGAAACGAGGAGUUGUCUUGGUACAGGAGAGCUCAGUUGCUGGGAGCCUUGAACAGUUUUAUACUUAACAGUAUUCCUGUGGUGGUGAUUGUUAUUUCAUUUGGAGUAUUCACUUUACUUGGAGGAAACCUGACACCUGCAAGGGCUUUUACUUCGCUCUCGUUGUUUGCGGUUUUACGAUUUCCAUUGUUCAUGCUUCCAAAUAUUAUUACACAGGUUGUAAAUGCAAAUGUGUCGUUGAAACGUCUGGAGGAACUUCUUCUUGCUGAAGACCGAAUUCUUUUGCCUAACCCACCUAUUGAACCUGGAUUACCGGCUAUCACAAUUAGGAAUGGAUACUUUUCUUGGGAGGCUAAGGCAGAAAGACCAACUUUGUCGAACAUCAACUUGGACAUACCAGUCGGUAGCUUAGUUGCUGUUGUUGGCAGCACCGGUGAAGGAAAAACAUCGCUUAUAUCAGCAAUGCUCGGUGAGCUUCCUCCAAUUGCAGAUGCCACUGUUGUUAUCAGAGGAAAAGUUGCGUACGUGCCACAAGUUUCAUGGAUUUUUAAUGCCACGGUCCGUGACAAUAUACUGUUUGGCUCCACAUUUGAACCUGGGAAAUACGGGAGGUCAAUAGACGUGACGUCUCUGCAGCAUGACCUGGAUUUACUACCAGGUGGUGAUCUCACUGAAAUUGGUGAACGAGGGGUCAACAUUAGUGGAGGCCAAAAGCAGAGAGUUUCAAUGGCUCGGGCUGUGUAUUCAGAUUCUGAUGUUUACAUAUUUGACGAUCCAUUAAGUGCUCUAGAUGCUCAUGUGGGCCGGCAGGUAUUUGAAAAGUGCAUCAGAGGAGAAUUGAGAGGAAAAACGAGGGUCUUAGUCACCAAUCAACUACAUUUUCUAUCCCAAGUUGAUAGAAUACUCCUGGUGCAUGAAGGUACGGUUAAAGAAGAGGGAACAUUUGAAGAGCUCUCGAACAGUGGCGUUCUAUUCCAAAAGCUCAUGGAAAAUGCCGGCAAAAUGGAAGAAUAUGUUGAAGAAAAUGAAGAUACUGGCAAAGUUGAUGAUAGAACUUCUAAACCAAUUAAUGGUUUGAAUGGCGAGGUAUCUAAAGAUGUAAAAGAAAAGAAUAAUAAUAAGAAAGAAGGCAAGUCUGUUCUGAUUAAGCAGGAAGAACGUGAAACUGGUGUUGUGAGCUGGCAUGUAUUGAUGAGAUACAAAAAUGCACUGGGAGGUGCAUGGGUGGUUAUGAUUCUAUUUACGUGCUAUAUUUUAUCUGAAAUCCUGCGAGUUUCUGGCAGCACUUGGCUUAGCCAUUGGACAGAUACAAGCACUGUACAUACGCAUGGGCCAAUAUUCUACAAUUUGGUCUACUCGAGCCUUUCUUUCGGUCAAGUUUUGGUGACGCUAAUAAAUUCAUUCUGGUUAAUAACGUCGAGCCUUUAUGCUGCCAGAAGACUGCAUAAUGGCAUGCUAAAUUCCAUUCUUCGAGCUCCAAUGGUCUUCUUCCACACGAAUCCGCUCGGAAGAAUCAUAAACAGAUUUGCGAAGGAUUUAGGUGACAUAGAUCGAAAUGUUGCUCCUUUUGCGAACAUGUUUCUCAAUCAAGUGUCGCAGCUUAUUUCUACAUUUGUUCUUAUCGGGAUUGUGAGCACAAUGUCGUUGUGGGCCAUCAUGCCUCUUCUGGUCUUGUUUUACGGAGCAUAUUUGUAUUACCAGAGCACGGCUCGUGAAGUAAAGCGCUUGGACUCUAUCACCCGAUCCCCCGUUUACGCUCAAUUUGGCGAGGCACUCAAUGGCCUCACGACCAUACGAGCCUACAAAGCUUACGACCGAAUGGCCAGCAUAAACGGCAAAUCCAUGGACAAUAAUAUCCGUUUUACUCUCGUUAACAUGAGUGGAAAUCGCUGGCUCGCCAUCCGUUUAGAAACUGUUGGCGGCAUAAUGAUAUGGUUCACCGCCACAUUUGCCGUUUUACAAAACGGACGAGCCGAAAACCAAGAAGCAUUCGCCUCGACAAUGGGUCUCCUUUUGAGUUACGCAUUGAACAUCACGAGCUUGUUGACCGGCGUUCUGAGGCUCGCCAGCCUGGCGGAGAACAGCUUUAAUGCAGUUGAGAGGGUCGGGACGUACAUAGAGCUUCCAUCGGAGGGCCCACUGGUGAUUGAGAAUAACCGGCCGCCGCCAGCCUGGCCUUCGUCGGGUUCGAUAAGAUUUGAGGAUGUGGUUUUGAGGUACAGGCCCGAGCUGCCACCUGUACUGCACGGGAUAUCGUUUGAGAUUUCGCCCAGUGAUAAAGUUGGGAUUGUGGGGAGGACUGGGGCUGGGAAAUCGAGCAUGCUGAAUGCUUUGUUUAGGAUUGUCGAGCUGGAGAGUGGGAGAAUCUUUAUUGACGGUUGUGAUAUAGCGAAGUUUGGGCUGACGGAUCUCCGGAAGGUUCUGGGGAUUAUACCACAGUCACCUGUGCUUUUCUCAGGUACUGUUCGGUUCAAUCUCGAUCCGUUCAAUGAACACAAUGAUGCUGAUCUUUGGGAGGCUUUGGAAAGGGCCCAUUUGAAAGAUGUCAUCAGGAGGAAUCAUUUGGGUUUGGAUGCAGAGGUCUCUGAAGCAGGAGAAAAUUUCAGUGUCGGACAGAGGCAAUUGUUGAGUCUUUCUCGAGCAUUACUUCGCCGAUCAAAGAUUCUUGUUCUUGAUGAAGCAACAGCUGCAGUCGAUGUUAGGACUGAUGCCCUCAUCCAGAAAACCAUUCGCGAAGAAUUUAAAUCCUGCACAAUGCUAAUCAUUGCCCACCGUUUAAACACCAUCAUUGAUUGUGAUAGAAUUCUUCUGCUCGAUGCUGGUCAGGUCGUCGAGUUCGACACGCCCGAGACACUCCUACAGAAAGAAGACAGUGCCUUUUCGAAGAUGGUCCAGAGCACUGGGACUGCAAAUGCCGAGUACCUUCGCAGCCUAGUGCUCAGAGGCGAACCGGACAGCGAUAAACGAGAGGCAGAAAACCAGCUGGAUGGCCGGAGAAGGUGGUUGGCCUCCUCCCGCUGGGCGGCUGCCGCCCAGUUUGCACUGGCGGUGAGUUUGACUUCUUCGCAAAAUGAUCUCCUGCAGUUGGAAGUUAGCAGUGAGGAUAAUAAUAUCCUCCGGCAGACGAGGAAUGCCGUAAUUACCCUCCAGGAAGUAUUGGAGGGUAAGCAUAACAAGGAAAUCGAGGAGAAUCUCGACAGGAACCAGAUUCCGGGAGAUAGGUGGUGGUCAUCUCUAUACAAAAUGAUCGAAGGUCUGGCGAUUAUGAGUAGGCUUGCUCGGAAUAAGCUCCACCAUGCGGAUAAUUUUGAAGAUCGAACGAUCGACUGGGACCAUCUCCUUUUUGCCAGAAAAUUUUCAGAGUUUGUAACAGGGUAUCACUGUCAAUUGAUGACUGUUUCUGUGAAGAAAAAUGACAAUGAGUUUGAUGGUUCUUAUGAUAAAUGA